UUGAAAUAUCCAUUUUGCAGUUUAUAGAUAGAACGGUUCUGUUUCUUCCUUCUGUUUGUUUUUUUUUUUACUUCUUUGCGUAUUGUCUGCUGUAAUAAUCAAUUCGAGUUUUGUAUUUCUAUCUUUGUUUACCAUUGGAAUCGUCACCAAGACUGAUCUUUGAAGCUUCGAAAGUUUGUCACUAUUCUAAUUCUACAGUUUUUCAGAACUGUAUUCCAUUUGAAUGACAAUUAAGGAGAGCUGAUUUUCAGUUUCUUUUUCAACUUCAAAUUUUUAAAGAGGAAAGAUAAUUUUUUUUUUUUUUUUCUGGGCUGUGCUAGAUUGCUUGAAAGUAUUUCAGCAUAACUUCUUUUUCCCACCUCUUUAUGGCAUUUGGGUUUGGAAAAGGUGGUUUGAUUGCUAUGAUGUUAAGUAGCAUUGCCAUGGAUAAUCUUGGAAUUUGUGUUUCUUGUGACCUCUGUGCUCUGCCAUCCGGUAUCUGUUCCCAUGGCUGCUGCUUAUCUUGAUGAUUUGACUUUGUUAUCUUUUGAUUUUGUUGCAGAGCCAGUUAAUAUUUUGGACUAAUCAUGGAUGGCAUCUUGACUUCACUAUGCUGGUUUCCUGAUGAGUCGCAUUCUGAUACCAAGUUUAAUUUAUUUCCCAACUUUGGGCUACCUGUUCGAUUGGUUGAGGGGCUUGUCAUUGGAAUGAGAUUACCUAUUUUAGAGUAGAACUGCGACUUACGAAAAUGUGUACUUAAUCCUCUUAGUUUAGAUGAAGGUUAAUGUGGACGAAUAAGAAUGUUGUUACUGGGAUUGUGAGCUGGUGAUAUUGUGGUUAUGAUCGUGCUAUAGUAGUAAGAUCGUUGAAGAUAGAUAGUUCCUAAACUUAGGUUAGCUUAUUGGAUUAGAAAUUAAGGGCCUUUUAAGAACUUCUUGAGGCUUGUUCAAUUCAGGGAUGGGAUUGCCACAGGUUUCUUCUGGGGGGAUCGCUGAAGAGGUGACUGCAUCCUUCAGUGCAUUCACACAAGCUCCACCUUUAUUAGCUGGUGUCAGCUGCUGUGAUAUGGGUGAAUUACAUAUUGGUCAUAAGAACAAUCAUUUGCUUGGGGAUUUCUGUUGCUCUUCAUCAAGGGAGUUUUCAAACAAUGGUGAUGUGACCAAUGUACACAAAGAUGGCCUAGCCAACCCACAUAGAUUAAGAAUAGGUGCAGGGGCCAAGAAUUUUGGGACUCAUAAUGCUGGAAAAGUUGCAUACACACCUGUUUCAAGGGUUGUAGGAUUUGAAUCUAAUGGAGUAAGUACCCCUCCAAUUGAUGUUUUUGAUGGGAAAGCAGCUAGCCGUCCAGUUCCUGUUUUUGGGAUGACUGAUGGCAUGGCUGAGGCUAAUGGUUUUUGGAUUAGGAAACAGUUAUUUUCUCCUCUAAAUAAUUUGCGAUUACCAAAUGAAUUUGAUGGCGGAGACAUUCGCAUGGAUACUCCCAGGAGGAAAAUCCUGUCAAACAGUGGAGAUUCUGGAGUUGAAGUGCAAGACAAGAUAUCUGGUACGAGUAACUUGGAGAAUGUACAUAAUUUGUUUCUCUCCAGAACUAAAUUUCUAGAAUUCAACAGCAUUCAUAAUCACAAUGGUGGCAAAAGCUCUAGCAUGAUCACAGAUGGUCCUCUUAUUGAGGAGGGUACAUACCAUUCUAAUUUACUUCUAUCAUCUUCCCCUGUGGUAAAUUCUUAUGGGAAAACAGCUUAUAGACAAUCUGCUGUCGGAGCUAUAGACAUAGAGCAAAAAACAAAAGUGCCUCCAUCCUUAUCUCUUUCACCUCUUGGACGAAAAUCUUGCUCUGGCACGAAAACUUUAGUAGAGCAUGGGGGUGCAUUGGAGUUUGAUGAGAGCUCCUUAAUGUUAAAUGACAUACGACAGUCACUUGAAGAGCAUAUCUCGAGCAUGUCAUCCUCUAGAACAGGGAAAGAUUCUAAGUUGGGAUCUGAAACAUUUGAAGAUGUUGAUGUUUUUCAAAUGAGCUUGGAGCCAUUGACUCCUGAAAGUGUAUCUUGUACUCGGGGAAACUUGGCAGUUGACUCAACCUGUGGAAUCCAAUGUGCCAAAUUAGGUAGAAGUCUCAGCGGACUCUCUGUUAGGAGAUCCUUAGUUGGUUCAUUCGAGGAGUCUCUUUUAUCUGGCCGUUUAGCAUCAGGGAUAGUGAAUCAGAAAAUUGAUGGUUUCCUUGCAGUUCUUAGUAUUACUGGAGGAAGCUUCUCACCAAAACCACAGAAACUUCCAUUUUCCGUGACAAGUGUGGAUGGUGAAAACUAUUUGCUUUAUUAUUCUUCAAUAGAUAUUGGAGGACAAUCAUUGUGUAACAAAUAUAAAGGCCCACAAUUGAAGAGGAGCCUUAGCAGCAAUGGUUCCCAAACUGAGAAUGGCCGCUUACGUGUUCCCAUGAAAGGGCGUAUUCAACUGGUAUUGAGCAAUCCCGAAAGAACACCGGUUCAUACAUUUCUCUGUAACUAUGAUUUAAGUGACAUGCCUUCGGGCACCAAGACAUUUCUCCGGCAAAAGGCCACUUUAGCUCUCGACAGAGGCAGAAAUUCUGACUCAAAAAAGGGGAGCAAGCCAACUUCGAACCUAAAAAACUUGGAUUCUUUGCCUCGCGAAGGUGGGCUCUUAAAUCCUGAUAGUUUUGAUCCUGUUCAAGGGCUAGAUACUAAUCAAAAUAAGAGAAGUGGCGACAUGGAGAACGUAGCUACUGUAACUUCUGCCCUUACUGAAAGCACAUACUCUAAUUGCAAUUCAAAAGUCAAUGAAAGCAAUGCCUGUGCUGGUGUUUUACGUUAUGCUCUUCAUGCGAGAUUUAUGUGUCCGCAUCCAAAAAAGCACUCAAAAAGCUUUCAGAGGUGCAAGUCUGAUACUUCAGCUGCGCCAGGCAGAAAAAGAACGGAUCUGGAAGUCGAUAGACGUUUUUACUUGUAUAGUGACUUGAGAGUGGUGUUUCCCCAACGCCAAACAGAUGCUGAUGAGGGAAAGUUACAAGUGGAAUAUCAUUAUCCUUCAGAUCCGAAGUACUUUGACCUUGAUAACUGAAAGGUUCUGCUGUUCAGUCACCCGCUGGAUGUAGCAUGCUGUACAGUCCUGCACGUGUGUCUACUAGUCCAACUUAUGGACAUGGCAAACUGCCCAUGCUACCUGUAAAUUUAUUUGAAUAAAUCAUCUAGGCUAGGGAAAACUGUAAAUGCUGUAAAUAAACUCUCUCUCUCUCUCUCUCUUUUUUUUUUUUUUCAAAAAUAAGGUUAUUCAAAAAAAAAAAAAACAUUUCGUCAUGUUUAUAUGUUUUCAAAUCCUAUUUUCGGGUACACCAUAAAGAAAUCAAAUCUUUCAUGCAGGUCAUGUAGUUUAUUGUAUCAACUUUAAUGCAUACUUGUUAGCAGUUUUGUCAAAUCAAAUGCUACUGUUGGUCAACAGCAUUUUGCUGAUUAUGCUUGAUAAUCUGUUGUUGAAACUCACAAUUGCUUGAUGGGAUAGUAAGGCACAAAGAUC